GGAAACAAGCUUAUAUGAAACGAGAAAACACAUACAGCAUAUCAUCUUCUGUUCAUCGGUGUAUACAAAACCCUUAGUAAUUCUUGACAUCUGAGCACAAAGAAGACGGUUUAAUUAACCAACAAUGAGUGAGGUGCCCAUAGUGACGGCGAGGGCCAAUGUGAUGAUCUAUGAUGACAUCAAUAAAAGAUGGCAACCAAGUGGCAGUACGCAGGGCCUGGCCAAAGUACAGAUCUACCAACACACUGUCAAUAACACAUUCAGGGUCGUUGGUCGUAAAAUGCAGGACCAUGAGGUUGUUAUAAAUUGUGCAAUUUUACGAACAUUAAAAUACAAUCAAGCCACUGCAACAUUCCACCAAUGGAGAGACAACAAACAGGUUUAUGGAUUAAACUUCAGCUCGCGGGAAGAUUCCGAAACUUUUGCUCAGGCUAUGAUGACAACACUUGAAUCAUUAAAUCAAGGAACACAAGGUCCUCCCCCUCCUCCAUCUCAGCCUAUUUACAACCAGCCAAACAUAACCAAUCCCAACGGCCCUGAACACAGACAUUCUGGAGGUGGCCAUGUCAGACAACCUUCAGGAGGAGCACCUAGAGAUUUCAGUCAUUAUGAUGCUCAGCCAGCACAACAGCAGCCCCCACAAGCUCCUAAACCCCCAAAUGUUCCCCAGGCGCCCACACCGCCUGCCCCUCCUCCAGCGCCUCCUGCACCCCCAGCAGCCCCUGCCGCCCCUCCAGCACCUCCCGCACCUCCAGCGCCCCCAGCACCGCCUUCUGGAGGACCCCCAGCCCCACCUGGUGCUGGGCCACCAGCUCCACCCCCUCCUCCUCCUGUAGGUGGAGGGGGAGGGCCUCCAAGUGCAUCGUCAGGAGGUGGAGGGGGGCUUGCAGCAGCCUUACAAGCUCAGCAACAGAAGAUGAAGAAAGUAGAACCACAGGCAGACCGGUCGAGUGUUGGAGACAAGAAUCGAUCUAGCGGAGGAGGUGGAGGAUCUGGAAGUGGGGGAGGUGGUGAUUUCAUGAGUGAAUUACAGAAUCGCCUGAAGAAGUCUAAAGCACCACCUGCCAGUGACCCAGGAACCCAAACCCCACCCUCAGUACCUGUUUCAAGUAAUCGGCCGCCGCCCACAAAAGCAACCAAUGGCAAAACACUAUCAAAUGGAUCAGAUUCUCCACAGAUGAGUAGAAAGAAGCCAUCAUUUUUGACAAAAUCUGACAGGAGAAUUAACUCUUUAACUGGACAGGAUACGACGGGAGUUACUAAUGGACCAAGCAGUUCAGACCUAGAGUCACUUAAACAGGAAAUCCUUACAGAAAUGAGGAACGAAAUGCAUAAAGUCAAGAUAGAAAUCAUAGAAGCAAUUCGACAAGAGUUGGGCCAUAGAUAAAGCGUAGUGUGAUAGUGAUCUGCCUGGUGUGUGAGAGCUUGGACUGCAUUCUCUGAACAAUUUACGUCAUGGUGCAGCAUACGACGAACACAAGGUGUUUUAUGAAUUAACAGGCCCAUCAGACCUCUUCUGCAGACCAAACUUAUUGUUUCCAUGUAACCAAGUAUACCCUGAAACAAAGCUUUUGGCUUCAUCACCUCUAUGAUCAAUGCAGACACUAGGAAGUGGAAAAAUCUAGGUGAUUUGGAGGCUUUAUUUUCAUACGUAUCUUACGUCAGAUUGACAAGAUGUUUUGGAGCAGAAGAAGAUGUACAGGCCAUUCCAACAGUACCAUCUAUCUCCGUUGAUUGUUGGUUCUAGAACUAAUAAUUCAUUGUAUACAUGUGUAUCAGCCUCGGUUUUAGGGGUGUCAUUUGGAUACAAGGGCUGGAGCAUUUCUUAUCACUGUAGCCGAUUCCCAUCAAUUGUUUUUUGGUUCUUUUUUCAAGCUAACAAAACUUUUCAUAGUUUUGAUCAGAGUAAUUCAUACACAAAACAUUAAGUCAAUAUUGAAGUUUUUUCAUUAUGAAACUAUACUCUAGAAGAAAAAAGUCAUGAAUUUUCAACAGUUCUGCCCUAGCUCAGACAUAAUAUUUGGGAAUGUUACUCAGUGUUUAAUAGUCAGUCUUAAAUAUUUAUAACAGAGUUUGGCAAUACAGCUCCAUCAUACAAUAUUUGUAGCUUGUCAGUGGAUGAUACAGUGUACAGAUGUGAAUAGUGUAAUCCUGUACGAAUGAUGAUCAUUAUUUAAGAGGUAUCCAUCAUUCAGUUCUUUAAUACUGGUCACUUAUCAAAUAUACCUAUGGUUUCUUAUUCUAUACCCAUUUCUCCUAAUUUUGUUCAGGUGUAAUAGUUACUGGACAGUGCGAGAGCGAGAUAAGAAUGUUGAAGGAGAUGUUGAGACGAUCGUCUUAGGAGUAUACGAGAAAAAUGAGCCAAAAAAGUCGUCAUUAUUUUACGAAUAUUAUUGUUAUAUAUAUUAAACACAAUCAGACUUUUCCUGUCACAUGGUCAGAUUUAUUGUGUCACAUGAUUGGAUUUGUUGUCAUGUGAUCAGAUUUGUCUUGUCACAUGAGCUGAUGUGUUGUCACAUGAUCAUAUUUAAAUCUAGGACCAUCACUUAUACUGCUGUUUACAGUAUUAACUGUCACAUAGAACAAAUGGUUCUUUUCUUUUUUUUAGUUUGAAAAAGUGUAGUACAAAAUGAUGAAUAUUUUGAUAUUUAUGAAAAUGUUUUGUUGAUGUUUUUUUUAUUGUUAUACUUGUAAAUUAGAGACCAGUCACUUAGAGUAAUUAAUUCCUGUCAAAUAAAACCACUGUUGAAUACAGAAUCAAUAAUAGAUGAAAUUUCUUAAUAUUUAUAUGAUGUAUCAGUUUUAUGUGUUUAUCCAUGUAAAUCACAACUACAAAUUAUCACGAGAGCAGUUGUCUCCCUUGCCUCUUAUGCUAGAUUUAGUAGAAACUGUUUUGUACAAGGUUAUUAUUUUUAAACAUUGAUCACUUUCAAAUCCCACAUUUACAGGAGAUAUUGAUAACAAUGACCCACAUUUUAAGAUAUCAGGGCAGCACAGUAUGCUGUUGUAAUUAGACAUGAAGAGGAGAUAAUCAUGUAAAAUAAGAUGAAGGAUCAGAUAAUCAUAAAAUUUGUCAGAUUGUAAGAUGUUGUGUGUUUGCUGAUUUGCAAUGACUAGUAAGACUAUGGAAAAGUGCAAUCUGUUUAAUCAAGUUGGAGCGAGGAUUUGUGUUCAUGUACGGUUGGUAGCCUGGAAUAGAUUAUAUAACUGAUUGGAGCAAUGUGUUGGUAAUAUUGACAUGUGAUAGCUUUUACUACCAAGGGGAGAUAAUCAAAGAUUUUACACCCAUGACAUAUUUGUGUUAAAGAGUAAAGAAACAUCAAAAGUCCUAUCCGGUGCUUCUUGUUUAGGUAUUUAGUUAGAAAGGUCAUGUACUGUAUAUGCAGUCUUUUUUAACAUGACAGACUGCUGUGUCAGGUCUUCAUCAUCAUUGCCAAAAAACUCUACAAUUGUCUAUAGCAUAAGCUCAGGUCCUUCACAUAUAAAGAAAAGUUGUCAGUUUCUACUAAAUGAAAAUCCCAGAUUACAAUGAAGUGUAAGAGGGUGCUUGAUCAAGUUAUUACUCUCUUCAAUCUAUCUGUCUUGUAACUUAGAUGUGGACAAUUAGACACCUUUGGCAUUCAUUUAUGCAGACAAACUAGUUUUUUGGCACUUAAGUUAUAAUUUGGGGCAGACCUGCAGAAAAAUAGAGGCCCCGAAAGGAUUAGUCAAGACUUGUAAUAAAGUCAAAUAAGAUCAGUGUAGGUUUGCCUUUGUUUUGGUCCCAACAGAUAAACAAAGACUACCUCGGCCUGUUUUAUCUGUAGAAUCCUUGAGCAGGGUGCACCUAGGUUAUGUAAAAGACAAAUGCUGUCAUUGACGAAGCAUGGCCAGCUUGAUUGCUCAAAAGAGUUGUUGCUGAUCUCAAAAUUGUGAAAAAUUAAUUAAGAGUACCGUGUACCAUUUUAAUCAUCUAAUUGUUUUGUUGUUUGGGGUAAUUUUCCUUAACCGAUUAAUAAAUUACCAUUAUUUGUAAACAAAACUGAGGGAGAGACGGAAAUAAUAUUUCAUUUACUUGUAGUCAUGUUUAUUAUAAAAGUUAAUCUAUGACUUUCCAUUAGUUUAUAAAAGUACCAAAUUCUUCAUAUCACUGCUAAAUACUUCCAGUUAUCACUGCAUGACUGACUUGCUUCUGAAACCACAGAUAGAAAACUAUUAUUAUAAAUCAUCCCUUUCUUGUAAAACUACCAAUGCAGUAAAACUACAAAUCGUACAUCUGCUGAUUUUAGCUUUAUUAGUAUUGACUUUAAGAUUGUUUUCCAACUUUGCCCAAUAGACUUAGAUAUAAAUCUCUCAUCCCCUUGCUUAAUGUAUCAUCCAUUUCUCAAUUAUUUUUUUUUUGUACAGAAAUCCAUACAAAGUGCUGAUGGGCUUUAAUUCAUGUAGUUUUAGAUAUUAACAGUAGAUUUGAUUCAUCCUUUAAAUGCCCAUAAUAGAUUAUAGUGGAACCCACUCAUCGUUUAAUGCCAAAGUAGAUACUGUUAAACCUUAGAGUAGAAUUUUUAGGGAAUAAAGUUGUUAUCAGAUAGUGGUGCCAUGUUGUUAUUGCUCAGAAUGGAUUGUAGACAAUUCCUACAGCCGAUGAGCUAGUCCUGGCGUUCAAUUUCAAUUUCAAGGAUAGUAUAUUGAAUACACAUAUACAUAUUAUCUUACAGUACCAAUAAUAUUAUUGAAGAAACAUCAAUGGUGUGAGAGUUGUUUGAAUCCGAAGUGUCCUGACAUCAUCAAAUUGUCAACACGCUGAGAUUUUUUAAAAGAAAUAUUAAUAUAUCAGCAAGAUUUUUAUAUGUUGAAGCUUACAUUUUCCUAUUUGUAAAGUUUCUGCCCUUUUUGAGUCUGUCUUGAAAAAUGUCGGUUUCAUAGCUGAUUCUGGCAUUGAUAAGUCAACAGUUGCUGAAUCGUUUUAUAAAAUAUUACGUUUUGUAACAAAUCAUGAUUUCGUGCCAUUGAAAAGAUGCCUCAUAUUCAUUCUAUUGAAUCCUAGAUUUGUUUCCAUUUUUCAUUUCAUCUGAUUAUAAUUAUUACUGUAGAUCUGUCACACAACAACUAUUGAAGUCAGAUUUCCCAAUUGUUUAAGUUUGUACAUAUCGUUAAAAACAGCAAACGGUAUUUUAAGGGUGAUUCUCUACUUUCUUCUGUAAAGCAUAAUAGAUUUUUCAUUUCAGUGGCUGUUUUUUUUCUCUUUUUUCCCCCCAUAAAUCAGCAUGAUUGGACAACUGACAAAAAUUAAAUGAUGAAAUAUUUCAAUGACAACAUUUAGGAGUAACUUUCAUUUGGUGUGUAGUCUAAAUGAUAUGUCACUAAAAUUAUUUAAUCAUUUUAUAUAUAGAUAUAUAUAUUUUUUUCAGUUCAGCAAAUAAUUUUCAUUCCUUAAAAAUAGCUUUUUUUCAGUGAUCAUUAUAACUUAGAAAAGCUACCUACCUCUUGAAUUGUGCCUCUCUUUAGGAUAGACCAAUAAUAACAAAAAAUAGGAUUCUGGAAUAUAUUGAAAAAAUUUACAUAUUAAAAUCCAAUGUUGCACAGUAAAGUCUUUUGCGGACAACUGAUGUAGGAAUACUUUUGUCAUAUUCAAAUGGAUAUGAUGUUUUGCUAUCAAAUAGAAGUUGAUAUUUGACAUAAAACCCUGAUUGUAUGUGAAUUUUGGGUAAAUUAUUUGGUUUUUAAAUGUAAAUCAUGUCUAUAGAGCAAUUUCCCGGUAUCUUCGUGAAAUCAGCAUUAAUAUGUUUAGCCUAUUGCGAGAACAUUUGGCGCUAUACAUGUAAAUAUUUUUCCAUUGUUUAUUUCCAUAUUAGUAUCAGAACAUGACAUGUGAAUCAGAGUUCUUCCACAGAAAUUUAUGAAAGUAUGGUCCUCUGUGGAUCAUCCUUAAAUCAAAAUUACAGUUUCUUUUUUCUUUGUGUACAAGCUGUGACUAACCAUCAGUAUCAUUUUCUGCUACUUGGUAUAUGUAUACAAUUCAGGAGUUGAAACUUUCAUAUUUUUUGAGAUUUUCAGUCAAUAUGUGUUCUUCAUUUUUUUCAAAAUAGUUUUGUAGAUCCGUUUUUAAACGUAAGCCAUUUAUGUAUUAUCAUGGUGGCAAAACAUUGUUUCUCUUUUGUUGAUAUUCAGUCUUAUAAAUUACUGUCAACAUAUACUUUUCGAUGAUGUCUUUAAAACUAAUUUUGUAGUAUUUCAUUAAUAUGAUUGUUUUAAGAAACAUAUACAAAAACGUCAAUCAAAUAUCUCCCACCCUGUCGAUUUACCAGCAGUAGAGGCAAAUGACACUUUUAUGUUGAAUCAUGCAGGUAAUCUUGGUGCAUAACCAGUUCUAUAACCAUCUACCUGGCUUGAAAAUUAAACUGAAGAAAAGACAUGGUUAUUUCACUACGAUGAUUUAGAAAGAUGAAAAAGAAAUUGUAUUAUGAGUAACUGUAAAUAUUAAUUUGUCAACUGAUAACUGAUGAUUGAUUUUAUCAUUAUAUAUUGCUGGCACACACUUUGUAAAUUUUCUGGACAGCUGAAUAUAUGUAGUCACUUGAUGAACUCAUCAUAAUGGCAAUCAUAUCUGCUUAUUUGCAUGAUUCUCAUGUUUUUGGAUUUUUACAUAAACAGUCAGAAUUAUCUACAAGAUUUUUGAUUUCAUGAAAAAAAGAAAUGAUUUUUCUCAUUAAGAGUGAAGCUAGCUGCUGUUUUCAUUAUUAGGGCCAGACCGAUCCCUAUCUACAGAUCAUACAUAUUCCAUGUUUGCACACAUUUUAUUGUAAAUCAUGAACAUUGAAGGAUCAAUUAUACAUGUAUAUUGUAUUUAUCUUGUAUGUACAAUAAACGUGCUUUUAUAA